CAAAAUGUAGAAAAAGAAAAGAAUCCAUGCGGUGGUAUAAAAAGCAGACAACUAAGGCUGUUGCAGAGCAUUUAAGCCAAUGGGAAUUCGACAACUCUUUUGAUCAAACCAUUCUUGUUUCUGAAUACCACCUCAAAUACCACUCGACACUGUACCUAUAUAUACACACGCAGAUUUACACCAUUUCUUUCGCAACCUGCCCAAACAUACCCUUAUAACUCUCCUUCCGCUGUCAGUCGUAUAAAGAGAAAGAAAUGGGAAGGGGUAGGGUUCAACUGAAGAGAAUAGAGAAUAAGAUCAACAGGCAAGUGACGUUUUCGAAACGAAGGUCGGGCUUGAUGAAGAAAGCCCAUGAAAUCUCUGUGCUUUGUGAUGCUCAAGUCGCUUUGAUGGUCUUCUCUUCGAAAGGCAAACUCUUUGAAUACGCGACUGAGUCUUGCAUGGAAAGGAUCCUUGAACGAUAUGAAAGAAACUCGUAUACUGAGAUCCAAUGUGCUACAGAUGAAAUUCAACAAAAUGGAAACUGGACCUGGGAACAUGCAAAACUUAAAGCUAGAAUGGAGACUUUACAAAGAAACCUGAGGCAUUACGAAGGAGAAGAUAUCCAGAAUUUGAGUCUUAGAGAGCUUCAAAAUUUGGAGCAACAACUUGAUUCUGCCCUUAAACGCAUAAGAUCCAGAAAGAAUCAACUUAUGCUUGAAUCAAUUUCUGAGCUUCAGAAAAAGGACAAAGCACUGCAAGAACAGAAUAACAUACUUGCAAAGAAGCUGAAGGAAAAGGAGAAAACUAAUGUGGAGCAGGCACAUUGGCAGCUGAACAACAAUUGCCAAGAUUCAUCCUCCAUGCUUCUGCCCCUUAACAUCAGCUCCAAUGGAAGGGAGAAGGAAGAAACCACCAACAGUGGCGUCUUGCUGCCAUGGAUGAUUCGCCACCACCUUGAAUAACCUAAACAAAUAAUGGAGACUCCUUUUAUUUUUAGUAUGUCUUUAAUAUGUAUUAUAUGUUUGUUUUGAUGAAUAGAUACAAACAUACUCAACACUUCGAUGUGUGUAGAGUAGUACAACUUUUGAUGUAAUUAUUAAGUGAUAUAUGAAUAUUAUAUAUAAUUGUUAUAUUCUUAA